GACGAUGAGGAGGAAAUCGAGCAGCACGAAGCGCCUCUCUCCUGCCCCCAGCACCCAGACCUCCUACUACAGCGAGUCCGUGGUGAGCGAGUCCUACCUGGGGGGCAGCCGGGGCCUCGCCGCCCUGGGCAACUCCAUGCUGGACGAUGACCUGGACAGCAGCACCUACUGGGGCGGGGAGUUCUCCACCAGGAGGAGAAGAGGCACAGGGGACACUGAGUCCAGCAAGAUCAACGGGCUGCUGGAGAGCAAGACCUACGAUACCUACGCCUCCUCGUCUGGGUACUCCUCGGAGGACGACUAUGCUGGUCACUUCUACUCAGGCCAGAGUAGCUCCGGGUCGGGGCUGAGGACCGCAGCCUCCCGGGUGGGCUCCUUCCUCUGGCAGGUGUUCACCUCCCCAGCUCGGUUCGUGGGAUGGUUGCUUUCGGGGCUGGCAGCUGCCUGGCACCACCUCACCAGCACAGAUCCCUGCCUGGAGGGCGUCCCCUUCUCCAGGCGCUACCCGUGGCUGAAGAGGUCCCUGCUGCUGCUGCGGCCUCCCUCUCCGCUCCUCCUGCUCCUGGCUGUGGCUGCCUAUGGAGCGUGGUACUUCUACCCAUACGGGCUGUCAACACUCAGCCUCCCUGCCUUCCCGUGGUGGGGAGCUGGGAAGCUCUCCUCCUCCGAUGCAGCUGGGGCCGGGGACCUGACCGCGCUGGACCAGGGGGGGCAUCGCUUCCAGGCCCUGGAGAAGCGCUUUGAGGCCCUGGAGGCCGAUUUGUCACGAUGGGAGCUGCAGCGGGGGACAGCAGCAGUAACGGCGGGGGGAGGGCCACCCCCCGGGGAUGUCCUGACGCUGCUGGAGGGGCUGGUGAGCCGCCAAGAAGCGGGGCUGAAGGAGCAUCUCCGCACCGACAUGACCAGCCACCUCCAGGGUGAGCUGGAUACCAUCCGAGCCCAGGUGCAGAGGGAUUUAGAUGGGCGCCUGGGGAAGAUGGCACGAGCCUCUCAGGAGAUGGAGGCACGCUUGCUAGAGCUGAACACAGCAUGGCAGAGCUCGGUGCAGGAGGGCCUGCGGGGGAGCUUCCAACAGGAGGUGGGCAAGCUGGAGCAGGAGGUGGCAAUGCUGAGGAGGGAGCUGGCGGGCCUCAAGUCGGACCAGGAGGUGAUGGGGAAGCACGUGGAGGGGAUGCUGGAGCAGCUGAAGGCGGUGCGGGCUGAUGUGGAAGCGCAGUUCCCGGCGUGGGUCAGCCGUUUCCUGUCGCAGCCCCAGCGGGAUGGCGCUGCCAGCCUCAUCCUCCAGCGGGAAGAUCUGCAAGAGGAGCUCCAGGCCCUGGAGCGCAAGAUUCUGGCCAAAGUCCUGGAGGACCGCAGGCUGUCGGGAAGGGAUGCUCAGGCUGGCAUCGGAGUGGCCUUGCGGCAAGGAGGGACCGCGGGGGUGACAGAAGAGCAAGUGCACCUCAUCGUGGGUCAAGCUCUGAAGCACUACAGCGAGGACCGUGUGGGGAUGGUGGACUAUGCCCUGGAGUCAGCAGGGGCCAGCGUCAUCAACACGCGCUGCUCGGAGACCUAUGAGACACGGACGGCACUGCUGAGCCUGUUUGGGAUCCCCCUGUGGUACCACUCGCAGUCCCCUCGUGUCAUCCUGCAGCCAGAUGUCAACCCUGGGAACUGCUGGGCGUUUCGUGGGUCCCAGGGCUUUGCCGUCAUCCGCCUCUCCAGCCUCAUCCGCCCCACAGCCGUGACGCUGGAGCACAUCCCAAAAGCCCUCUCGCCCCAGGGGACCAUUCCCAGCGCCCCCAAGGACUUCGCUGUCUAUGGCUUGAAGGAGGAGAGAGAAGAGGAGGGCCACCUUUUGGGGCAGUUCACCUACAGCCACGAUGGUGACCCCAUCCAAACGUUUUCCUUGGAGGAUGAUGCCAUGGCCACGUACCAGCUGGUGGAGCUCCGGGUGCUGAGCAAUUGGGGCCACCCUGAAUACACCUGCAUCUACCGCUUCCGGGUGCACGGGGAGCCGGCGCACUGA